AUGGAUGUUGGGCAGCAGGUUUUCGUAUCAUCGAUUCAUCCUGAUUGGGGUGAGCUUGCAUCCAAGCUUGUAUCGCUGCUUUCCAUCACGAUCAUGACCAUUCUCUUUGGUAUCAAAACCUACAAUGUUCAAUUUCAAUACCUUACAUACUCGCGUUGGCUGGUCUUGGCGCUCUAUAUCAUGUCGUGGGGGUUCACAUGUGCAGCCACCCUCUUUGUCUCAACCAACAAUGAAAAUUACCUAUCUUGUCUUCUCUCCGAAUUAGCAUGCGACAUCUUUUAUUCAGCUACCAAGAUCAUCAUUUACUGCUGGUUGAUUGAAAAGGUGUGGGUUGUAUCAUCCGUUCGUCAAUCAAGAUGGAGGACCCGGUCGUACAGGAUCCAUAUGGCUUUCAUGUUACCCUAUACCGGCAUCGCCGCGCUUUUGAUCAUUUUUCACAUUGCCGAGAUUGAAGAAAACGGCAUAUGCAUCAUUGGUCUCAAGUAUGCUGCAAGUAUUCCCUUGCUGGUGUUCAAUUUGUACUUUACGGUAUUGUUUAUCCGACCUUUAAUGAAGAUCGGCAAAAGCGUCAACGCCGACUGGAAGAGCUCCCGGUUGCACGAAGUCGCCCUUCGCACAAUGGCAGCAUCCACUGUAUGCUUGCUUGUCUCAUUCGCCAACAUUUUAGCCAUCGUGCUCCUUGAAGGCCGAGAACGAGGUGUCUUGUGUUUGACAUGUUGUACUGUGGAUGUUACCAUCAACGUUAUUACCAUCCACUGGGUGACCAAUAACCCCACAGGCAAGAUCAACAAAGAAUACAAUACGAGCUCAAACAACAAUGAUUCAAUGGGAGCCGUUGGCAAUGGUACAGUGGGUACAGCAGACGACUCAAAGUAUCGUCGUAAGCCCGACAUGUACAAUCUCGGCAUUGACGACGAAUAUCUCAAUGAUCAUCCCAUGUAUACGCUUCCUGGUAGCAACACGCUGGGGUAUAUGGGCAGUGGUAGCCAAAUGCCUGGCAUGGAAACAAUCCGACAAAAUCAUCAACCUAUCAUCACCAACCAUUAUGGCGAUAUCAAAUCGCCUGUUGUUGACAUGACAUCGUCUCCUGGAAACGCCCAUUUAGGUAGUAGCAUGCAAGAACAAUAUCGGUACAUGAAUGGUCGUUUUGUUAUGAUCACUGAUGACAAGGGCGAUGAUAGCGAUGAUGCUGUGACCACCGAAAGCAGACCUUCUUCCAUCCAAGAGUCUCAAAGCAGCCGUAAAUCCCUCACCAAAGUUUGA